AGUUACUCUCUUUUUCACAAUCCUCCUCUUUUUCCUUCAUGACCCUUUCUUGGGGUUGAUUAAACUUCUCUAAAUUGUUCUUCUAAUCUCCCCAAAAGUAGCCAUGGGACUUGGGAAGUUAUUUCUCUACAUGAUCUCCAUAUGGUUGGAGAUUCUCUUUCUGUCUGAAACCUCCAUGGCUAGUACUAGAAGUAUUGGCAAAAUUAGUCCCGGAUAUCAAGGCUCUCAAAUGAAUUGGAUCGACAACGAUGGCUUGUUUCUUUUGUCCAACAAAUCCGAGUUUGCUUUUGGCUUCACUACCACCACAUAUGAUGUCAAAUUGUUUCUGCUAGUCAUCGUCCACAUGAAGACUCGGCAAGUGGUUUGGACUGCAAAUAAAGGCUCCCCGGUUUCGAAUUCUGACAAGUUUGUGUUUGAUGAAAAGGGCAGCGUCCACUUGGAAAAGAGUGGGAGUGUGGUUUGGUCCAUAGAUACCAGGGGCAAAGGAGCUUCUGCGAUGGAAUUGCGAGAUUCGGGGAAUUUAGUUUUGGUGGGUGAUGAUGGUAAUGGCAUAAUUUGGGAGAGUUUUAAUCAUCCAACGGAUACUCUUUUGUGGGGACAGGACUUUGUAGAAGGGAUGAAACUUGUGAGCAAUCCGAGCUUGAAAAACUUGUCCUAUUUUCUCGAAAUAAAGUCCGGCGACAUGAUUCUCUAUGCAGGUUUUGAAACCCCGCAGCCUUAUUGGUCUAUGGGAAAGGACACUCGUAAGACAAUCAACAAAGAUGGUGGGGUGGCCAGUGUGGCGUCCAUAGAUGCAAAUUCUUGGAAAUUCUAUGAUAAGAACAAGGUCUUGCUUUGGCAAUUUAUUUUCGCAGACAACUCCGCGGAUGCUAAUGCAACUUGGAUUGCAGUUUUGGGAAAUGAAGGAUUCAUCACUUUCUCCGACCUUCAAUCACCUGGUAGCCCUUCACCGACAAAAAUACCAAGUGAUCCUUGCAGUACACCAGAGCAUUGUGAUGCUUAUUAUGAGUGUUUAAGUGACAACAAGUGCCAAUGCCCUUCGGGCCUCAGCUCCCGUCCCAAUUGCUCAUCAGGCAUUGUCUCUCCCUGUGAUGGUUCGAAGAGCACGUCUACAGAGCUCGUAAAUGCUGGAGAUGGUGUCUACUAUUUUGCGCUUGGCUUCGUGGCACCCUCUUCGAAAGGCAACUUAAGUGGCUGCAAAACUUCUUGCCAAAACAACUGCUCAUGCCUCGCCUUGUUCUUCCAAAACAGCACAAGCGAGUGUUUCCAUUUCGAUAGAGUAGGCAACUUCCAGAGUUCUGAAAAAGGCUCUGGCUACGUCUCAUACAUUAAGGUCUCAAGCGACGGAGGAGGCAGCGGCGGAAACGCAGCAGGAGAUGAAAGCAGCCGGAAGCACUUCCCAUAUGUUGUUAUAAUUGCAAUUGCCACAGUGCUUGUCAUUGGUCUCCUACUUUAUCUUGGUUAUUGUUAUCACAAGAGAAAGAAAAAGUUGCCUGAAUCCCCUCAUGAGACCUCGGAAGAGGACAAUUUCCUUGAGACUUUGUCCGGAAUGCCUGUCCGUUUCAGCUAUGGAGAUCUUCAAACUGCAACAAACAAUUUCUCACAGAAACUUGGUCAAGGAGGCUUUGGCUCGGUUUACCAAGGGGUUCUCCAAGAUGGGACUAGAAUUGCUGUGAAAAAGCUGGAAGGAAUUGGGCAGGGAAAGAAAGAGUUCCGAGCAGAAGUUAGCAUCAUUGGCAGCAUUCAUCAUCUCCACCUUGUCAGACUUAGGGGCUUCUGCGCGGAAGGAAGCCACCGCCUUCUUGCUUACGAGUUUAUGGCAAAGGGGUCUUUAGACAAAUGGAUCUUCAGGAAGAACAAAGAGGACGAUCACUUGUUGGAUUGGGACACAAGAUACAACAUAGCAUUGGGAACUGCCAAAGGACUGGCUUAUCUCCAUGAAGAUUGCGAUGCAAAGAUCAUCCACUGUGACAUUAAGCCGGAAAACGUCCUCCUUGACGACAAUUACCACUCGAAAGUCUCCGAUUUCGGAUUGGCAAAGCUGAUGACACGCGAGCAAAGCCAUGUUUUCACCACAAUGAGGGGCACAAGGGGAUACCUGGCGCCAGAAUGGAUCACAAACUACGCCAUUUCGGAGAAGAGUGAUGUUUACAGUUAUGGAAUGCUACUACUUGAGAUCAUUGGAGGUAGAAAGAACUAUGACCCGAGAGAAAGCUCUGAGAAAUCCCAUUUCCCAUCUUAUGCAUUCAAGAUGUUGGAAGAAGGGAAACUGAGGGAAAUCCUUGAUUGGAAGGUGGAAACCGAAGUAAACGACAACCGGGUUUCGACGGCCAUUAAGGUUGCCUUGUGGUGCAUACAAGAAGACAUGAGUUUGAGACCAUCAAUGACCAAAGUGGUCCAAAUGCUUGAAGGUCUAUGUACUGUUCCAAACCCUCCAUCAUCUUCUCCAUUGGGUUCUCGUUUUUCCUCAGGUUUCUUGAAAUCAACCAGUGAUGAGGGAACUUCCUCGGGUCCUUCGGAUUACAACAGUGAUGCCUAUCUCUCUGCAGUGCGUCUUUCAGGCCCAAGAUAACACAUUAUCAAUAUUAGUUGUUCCUCUUAAUGGAUUUGUUAGUUAUUUUACACACUCAAUAUCUUCUUUUCCUUUUU